AUGGAUUCUAUGCAACCCAGGCGUCAACUCAGAACUACUAGGUUUGCAUAUAAUCCCUCUGAUACUUACUAUAAUGCGGAUAAUCAAUUAUGUCAAAGAUUGGGAGAAAUUGUACAAGGCACAACAGCAUUCGUGGAACUUGAUCCUAGAAGAUUACGCCCCACAUAUUUACAUAUUAGAAUAAAUUACGGACACAAUGUUGAAGACGUAACCUACAUGGUAACCGACUGGAAGCGUGUGCCUCAACUGUUACGAUAUUAUAUUCCAAGACCACAAGCCCAACCACCACAUGCCCAACCACCACAUACCCAACUACCACAAGCCCAACCACCACAUACCCAACUACCACAUGCUCAACUACCACAAGCCCAACUACCACAUGCCCAACCACCACAAGCCCAACCACCACAUGCCCAACCACCACAUGCCCAACUACCGCCAGCCCAACCAGUGCAAGCCCAACUACCACCAGCCCAACAACUACAAGCCCUACUACUACAAGAACAACCACCACAUGCCCAGCCGCCGCAAGUCCAACCACCUGUGGAUCCACUCCAACGGUGGCAACACCGCCCAUUACGUGAAUUUCUAGACCGGAUGAAAAAAUAA